AUGUCAUCUGAAUCACGACCAACAACACCGCCGCAUCAUCCAAACUUUGGUGUGAGCAUGUCUAGCGAGAGCAUCAACCGUUUGGUGCGCCACGUGCUCCCCGACACUUCGCGCAUAGAAGUGGAGGCUCUUCCAUCGUUGAAGUCUUUUAACAACCGAAUUUAUUAUCUUGAAUGCUACAGCGAAUCCCAUAGUGGUAGCGACGCAAUCCAUGUCGAUGAGCUUGUUCUAAAGAUCAAUGGUCGAGGGUUUGGGUCAGAGAAGGUUCAAAAUGAGGUUUCUUGUCUCCGCCUGCUGGAGCACUUUUGCCCCGAGAUCCCGGCGCCUCGUGCGAUAGCUUGGUCGCAGGAUGGGUUUACUAUCGACACCAAUGACGCGCGGCAUGGGGAGAUGAAGCUCAGUGCUGUGGAUGAGACCUCGAGCGGUUGUAUAUUGAUAACAAAGGUUCCCGGGAAGCCCAUCGACUUAUCUGCACUCAACAAUGAUGACAGAUUUCAUCUAGCGACACAGUUGGCAGAUUAUGUUACCAAUUGGCGGCGUAAUGUCCCUCCUCAGAACUUUUCCGGGAACAUUUCUUUCCAUCAAAUGGGCUGCCAGCCUGAUAUCAAGAUCCCAGGCUCGAAUAGCGAUAACGAAAUGCAGUUUUUUAUCAGAGGCAUGCUUGGAGAAGAACUCCAUUGCCAAGAUGGUAUCGCUUCCCUUGCAGAGUAUUACAAAUUGAGAAUACAGAACAAGAUAGAGACUCUGGUGAAGAAAGAGACAUUUUCAUCAAAUAGAGAUCUCAUACAGCCUCUAGAUGCAUUCCUACAGCAAGACUUGCCCACCAUCAAAGCGUUGAAUACCAAAGACGACUCAUUUGUAUUCACCCACUACGAUCUGUCCCCACGAAACAUUCUUGUAUCUGGCCAGCCUCCCCAUAUUACCGGUAUCGUGGACUUUGAGUUCUCGGGCUUCUUUCCACCACUCGAUGAGUUCCUGAAUGACUGUAUCGCCAACGAUGGCGACUGGCCCAAAGAUAUGUACGAUGUCUACCUGAAGCGACUUGAAUGCAACGGUAUACCAACACCUUUGGAGGGAAUAAAGAAAGAAGAUUGGGAACAAAUGGCAUUGCUGGAAGACCUGGUUGAAAAGACCGCUCCUUGGUGGUUGCCUGGUGAAUUUCAAGGUGAACAGCUUGAACAAGAGUUGAAAAAGGUCAAGUCACGAGUAGGUGAGAUAUUGGGGGAAUUGGGAAAGUGA